AAUAUAUAAUUGGUAACGUUAGAUAGCACCUCUUCUUUUCACAACCAAUCUUGUUUUAACAAAACCAACAAUACUCUCUCUCUCUCUCUCUCCAAAAAAACUCCAUUUCUCUGCAAAUCCAAAUCAACAAAAACCCUAAUUUAGCUCCUUGAAUCUCUUCAACUUCUCCGCCGUUUCGUCAAUGUGGCGGCCGUGGCGCAAAUCGUCGGUUAAGAUUCACGACACCUACUCUCCCACCGCUACCGCGUCCUCCUUCUCUUUCAAAGACAUCCACCACCUCUGCACCGACGAUUCGUCUUCCUUGCCUUCUUCUCCUUACAGUUCCUCUUCUCCCUCACCUAACCGCGUCUCCAGAGUUUUCCACCGAGUAUGCGCGUCGAAUUUGAUCCUCCGAUCCUGGCCAACUCGUCCGUCUAACCAGCUCCUCCGCGCAGAUUCCGCACCUGUCAAUCUACGCCGCAAUCCUGAACCUGAACCGAAGCAAUCCAAAGCCGAGCCAGAUGCUCUACGGAUUUCUCUCCCUGGCGCGGAGAGCAGCAUCGUCGUCUACUUCACCAGCCUCCGCGUGGUUCGUCCUACGUUCGAAGAAUGCCGAGCCGUCACAGCGAUCCUCCGUAGCUUCCCCGUGAGAAUCGACGAGCGAGAUCUCUCGAUGGACGCGUCAUUCGCGGCGGAGCUGGAGCGGAUCUUCGUCGGAGAGAAGAAGGAUCUCCAGAGCAAGACGAAGGCGCCGAAGCUGCCGCGCGUGUUUAUCGGCGGUCGUUACGUCGGAGGAGCGGACGAGGUGAAACAGCUUCACGAGAUCGGAGAGCUGAAGAAGCUCGUGCAAGAGUUGCCGAGGAUUGAGCCACGUGUGUGUGAGACGUGCGGCGGUCACAGGUUCGUGCCGUGCAACGUCUGUCACGGUAGCCAUAAGGUGCACACGGAGAAGCUAGGGUUCAGAACAUGCUCGACUUGCAACGAGAACGGGCUUGUUAGGUGUUCAUCUUGUUUGUUCGUUUCCGCAUCUCACGCCUAACUCCUAGAUUUUUUGUUCUUAAAAGUUCUUUUUUGUUCUAAUAGAAUAAUUAAAAAUA